AACAGAGAAACAAACUCACAUGGUAAGGAUCCCACUUUGUAUACCUUAAAAACUCAGUGUUUCUUUUCACUCAUGCUUUACAAAACCCAUAAAACAUCUGCCAUGGAAACCACAGAAUCUCCCUCAAUUGAGAGCUUUUCAUAUAGUUGGUCAGUUAAUUUCCAACCGUCGAUUUUCAACGAUUCAUUUCGAUCCUCUAUUGACAGCCCUGAUAAAGAUGAUCAAGCUUCUUUCAUUGAAAUGGAUCCAAGAUUACCACCCUCAAAACGAUUUUUCAGAGUUCCACAAGAUUUUAGCUUUGAUUUUCCCGUAUCAGAACCUCCUCUAUCCCUUGUUCAUGCUGAUGAACUCAUUUCCAAUGGCUUCCUUAUGCCUCUUUUUGUCAAAGAUCUGAAUAAAGAAAUUGAAGAAUAUGAUGCUCAAUAUUCCUCCAUAUCAACUACGCCUACGCCCUCUAGAAGUAGGGUUAGUCGUGCUGAUGCCGCGUUUUUCUGUAGUGCUUUGAGAAAGUGUAAGAGAUUAUCGAAGCAUUUUCUUCGAAAAUAUUUGAAUGUUUUUAAGCUGAUCGGUCAAAGAAUGAGGGGGCGUCGUUUUAGAGUUGGGAGUAGUAGUAAUAUGAAGAUGCAUGAACUGAAUGGCUGGGAUUUUUCACAGGCUACAUCUCCAAGAACUAGUGUAGCUUAUUCUGCAGAUAAUUGGCGCCGGUCUUGUGAUUCUGAGAGCUCCAUUUAUGAAGCAGUUCUUCACUGUAAAAGAACACAAGGCAGGUAAACUGAGCUUCUUUUUAUCUGAGAAUUAUGGACCAACGGGUAGAUGGAAACAGGAGAAGAUUAAGAUAAAGUGUCUCGAGAACUUGAUCAUGAUUCAUCCAUCUUUUGUCUGUUUUGAAGAAUGAUGAUACAUAAAUUUGUCUUCUUGAGGAACCAGCAAGCUGUAAAAAUUUUCAGCCACAGAAUUUGUUGCAUUUUGAAGAAAAGAACAUGACGUGUUUUUUUGACUCACUCUUCCUGGUGUUGAUCUUUUUCAUGUUGGAGAAGAUAAAUAUUUUCUUGUUCUUGUAAAGGUUUGUUUGUGAAAUAAUUAAUGUUCCAAACUUUAAUUUUUA